GAGCGCUCCUUCCUCAACUCCUCACUCCUGACUGCAGACUCCCCCAAAUCCCGACCGCCGGCCUGGCGCGCGGCUGCGCCCACCGGCUCCGCUCUGCUGCCGCCGCCGCCGCCCCACCGAUCCGCCAGCCCCGCGCCCAGCUAGCGCCCUCCAGUCCAGCCUGCCCCGACCCACGGCCCCGGUGCGCCCCGGCCGGGCGUGGAUGGAGGGCGCCGCGCGCGCUGCCCGCUGCUCCGUGUGACGCGGGCCCUGCGCCCGGCGCCCACCAUGUCCUACCCGCAGGGCUACCUGUACCAAGCGCCCGGCUCGCUGGCGCUCUACUCGUGCCCCGCGUACGGCGCGUCCGCGCUGGCGGCGCCGCGCAGCGAAGAGCUGGCGCGCUCGGCUUCGGGCUCCGCGUUCAGUCCGUACCCCGGCUCAGCGGCCUUCACAGCGCAGGCGGCCACCGGCUUCGGCAGCCCGCUGCAGUACUCGGCCGACGCUGCCGCCGCCGCCGCUGCCGGCUUCCCGUCCUACAUGGGCUCGCCAUACGACACGCACACCACCGGAAUGACUGGCGCCAUCAGUUAUCACCCAUAUGGCAGCGCGGCCUACCCAUACCAGCUUAACGACCCCGCGUACCGCAAGAACGCCACGCGGGACGCCACUGCCACACUGAAAGCCUGGCUCAACGAACACCGCAAGAACCCGUACCCCACCAAGGGAGAGAAGAUCAUGCUGGCCAUCAUCACCAAGAUGACCCUCACGCAGGUUUCCACCUGGUUCGCCAACGCGCGCCGGCGCCUCAAGAAGGAGAACAAAAUGACCUGGGCCCCGAGGAACAAAAGCGAAGACGAGGACGAGGACGAGGGAGAUGCUUCCAGAAGCAAGGAGGAGAAUCCAGACAAGGCACAGGACGGCACAGAGACCUCCGCGGAGGACGAAGGGAUCAGUCUACACGUCGACUCGCUCACCGACCACUCGUGCUCGGCGGAGUCAGAUGGGGAGAAAUUGCCCUGCCGCGCCGGGGAUCCCUUGUGCGAAUCGGGCUCUGAGUGUAAGGACAAGUUUGAGGACCUGGAGGAUGAGGAGGACGAUGAAGACGAGUGCGAGCGGGAUCUGGUGCCGCCCAAGCCCGUAACCUCCUCGCCCCUCACCGGCGUGGAGGCACCCCUGCUGAGCCCGGCGCCCGAAGCCGCGCCGCGCGGUGGUAGCGGUGGCAAGACGCCCCUAGGCAGCCGGACGUCGCCUGGAGCGCCGCCGCCUGCCAGCAAGCCCAAGCUGUGGUCGCUGGCCGAGAUAGCCACGUCGGACCUCAAGCAACCAAGCUUGGGCCCAGGGUGCGGGCCUCCGGGUCUGCCCGCUGCCGCCGCGCCUGCCUCGUCUGGGGCCCCUCCGGGAGGCUCGCCCUACUCUGCUUCGCCGCUGCUGGGCCGCCACCUCUAUUACACGUCCCCUUUCUAUGGCAACUACACAAACUACGGGAACUUAAACGCAGCGCUCCAAGGCCAGGGCCUUCUGCGGUACAAUACCGCGGCCUCCUCACCAGGCGAGACACUGCACGCCAUCCCAAAGGCGGCCAGCGACGCGGGCAAGGCGGGCUCGCAUUCGCUGGAGUCCCACUACAGGCCUCCGGGCGGCGGCUACGAGCCCAAGAAAGAUGCCAGUGAGGGCUGUGCAGUUGUUGGUGCAGGCGUCCAGCCCUACCUAUAGGAGGGCCAAGCUCAGCAGUGCAAGUAGGUGUCACAAUUGCUUUGGAAAAAAAAAGUCAGGAGGCCAUUCUCCCUUCCCAAGCUCAUAAAUACACAGAUACAAACCCCAGAUGUGGAAAUGCGGACCACAUUUUGUGCCACUGUAUAGAGGAUGCAGACUGCACUGCCAACCCACAGACUCUAAGGACUGGACACACGUUGUUUGGGCAUAUGAGAACUCGUUGGCAUAGUAUAGCUUCCCUAUGUUUGUGUGACUUUUGGAAACAAUCUGUUUUUUCUCAGGAUAUCUUCACUUCAUUGCCACGGUAUAUAUUCUAUAGGUGUGAUAGAACUUGCUGUAAAAUUUAUUUGUAAAAAAAAAUGUACACGGUAGAACUAAUGUGAUUGAAGAACUUGGGUCCUUCAGAAGUGGAAACAAAUUUGAUAUUUAUUUUUAUAAUGACAUAAAGCUUCUAGUAAUUUAUGCAAGUUGUAUUGCAAUGAAAUCUAAAACUUUUGUAAAUAAAUUCUGCCUGGUUUUUAUUUGAACAUUGCUGGUUAUACAAUCUCUGUUGGUUGUUUAACAUGAAUUCUCUACUAAUUUAUAUCUAAAACUGUAAAUAAAAACAGAUGAGCCUACAAGAAAAUGGUGUUCGGGGCUCAUUUUUCCUGGAGAGCCAUUCUGGUAGGAGCUACAGUGUUGACCCUGGUUCCUGCCCCAAAGGUGAUCCUAGCUCACCUUUUAAGUGAAGAGCCCAGUGAAAUAAACUUCCUUCUCAAGCUUAUUUGAAAAUUGCAGACCUGAGAGAGAUUAAUGUGCAACAGGGAAAAUACCUAUGCUUUAGUUUAUUUACAGGCAAAUGUGUCUCGAGAAAGUAAUUCAGGUUUUUGUUCUCUGAAUAUGCAAAUCCCUUCUUAGUGUAAAUUUCUAAAACAUGAAAAAAAAUAAAAGGAUAUGUCACCUC